CAGCCAAUAUGAGCCCAACUAUAUCGGAAUGUGCUUUGAUGUCAGGUUUAAUUACGGCAAAGACAAAAACGUUGUUGUAAGGAAUCACAAACAAGGAAAUUGGGGCCAAGAAGAGAGACACUUGCCUUAUUUUCCUUUCAGGCCAAAUCAAAGCUUUGAGAUAAUGAUUUUGGUUGAGCCGCAUUGCUACAAGUAUGCAGUGAACAGUCAACAUUUACUCGAGUUCAAUCAUCGAAUAGCUCAAAUGAACCUGAUCGACACUAUUCGCAUUAACGGUGACGUGAGGCUUACCCAGGUCCUAUUCCAGAGUUAAGAGUGAUCUAUUCCACAUCAGGAUUAUCUGUGACACUUUGCGAUACAUUUCUGUUUUAUAAUGCGUUUCAUUAGCUUAUUGUUUAGAAUAUGAGUUUUUUUUAUACAUUCAUAGAUACUUGGUUUAAUUUUAUAUCAUCGAUUAGAUUUUGGAAUAAACAUUCAAAAUAUUUACAGUUUUCUCCGAUGCAUUACACUGAAUAAUUACAGGGCAACAAAAACAAAUUUUGAUUUUUCAACUUAUUCUCUUCGUUGAAUGAUAUA